CCCGUCCUGUAAGUAACCUCUUCCGUUCCCGUUUCUUUCCCUGCGUUCACGACCAGUCCAGCAGCGCCGCCAUAUCCUUUGAACUUGAAAUAAUAGGAGGCAGAACAGAAGGAAUCGUUUCUAGCCUUCGAACAAGAGGAACACAUGUCUCGAAUAUGUGUGAAGAACUUGGCAAAAUAUGUGACUGAAGAUCAACUGCGAGAACAUUUUUCUCUAAAGGGAGACGUAACAGAUGCCAAGCUAAUGCGAACCAAAGAUGGUAAGAGCAGGCAGUUUGCUUUUAUUGGGUUCCGCACAGAAUCUGAAGCUGAAGAAGCUAUCAGACACUUCAAUAGAUCUUUCCUCGGCACAUCAAGAAUUGAGUGUGAGAUUGCGCGAAGACAUGGGGAUCCAAACAUUCCUCGACCAUGGAGUCGUCAUUCAUUGAAGAAAGAUGGAGAAGCAACUGCAGAGGACAACAAAGUUCCAAGUGCUGUUAGUUCGAAGGUUAAGGGUUCCAAGGUGGAUGCAAAGGAUGAUAAGGAAGGCAAUGAUAAUGAUGAUCUGCAGCUACGAGAAUUUCUUGAGGUCAUGAAACCACGUGCUAAGUCAAAAUUGUGGGCAGAUGACUCUCUAAUUGCCGCAGUAGCUGACCAAAAUGGCAAAGUUAGCAAAAAGCCAAGUCAAAAGGAGAAAGUCAGCAAAGAAGAGCCAGUUUCUCUGGAUGUCGAGUUAGAGGAAAGUGCUACUGAAAAGCUGAGGAAUGAUACAGUCGUCUCGGAUAUGGAUUAUUUUAAAAGUAGAGUCAAGAAGGAUUGGGCAGAUUCAGACAAUGAUAGCGAUGGUGAUGGUUUGGAUGACGAAGGUCAUGGUGAUGAUGAUGUCAGAAGUUCACCUAAUCAAAGUCUUAAUAAGAAUAAUGAUCUACAAGUAGAUAGAUUCUCUAAAGAUAUAGACCUGGCCGAGGUAAAAGAAGGAAUCCCUCCUGCAGGAUUCAAUGACAAAACUGAUGACUCUCCGAACUUCGAAGAUGAGGAUUUUGAGGCUGGACGGUUGUUUAUAAGAAACCUAUCAUAUUCAGCGACAGAGGAUGAACUAGAACAGCACUUUAGCCAGCUUGGAGACACCUCAGAGGUUCAUCUUGUUGUUGACAAGGAUACAAAGCAGUCAAAAGGAUUUGCAUAUGUUCGCUACGCACGUGCAGAAUCUGCAGCUAGGGCAUUGGAGGAAUUGGACAAGACAAUUUUCCAGGGCAGGUUGUUGCAUAUAAUGCCAGCAAAAAAGAAAUAUACAGCUGAUAAGGAAGAGCCUCGUAUUCCCCAAGACCUAGGUUCAAAAACCCUAAAACAGCGGAGGGAGGACCAAAAAAAGGCAGCCGAAGCUGGUGGAGAUACAAGAGCAUGGAAUAGUUUGUUUAUGCGUUCUGAUACAGUUGUUGAGAACAUUGCCAGAAGACAUGGUAUUAGUAAAAGUGAUUUGCUUGACCCAGAAUCAGAUGAUCUUGCUGUACGUGUUGCUUUGGGAGAAACUCAAGUAAUUGCAGAGACAAAAAAGGCUCUUGCGACUGCUGGAGUAAAUGUAAAAUCUUUAGAAGAAAUUGCUGCUGGGAAUACAGAUGGCUUGAAAAGAAGCAAACAUGUAGUUUUAGUGAAGAACUUGCCAUAUGGCUCCUCAGAAGGUGAACUGGCUCAGAUGUUCGGGAAAUUUGGUAGUCUUGACAAGAUUGUUCUUCCUCCAACGAAGACAAUGGGCCUGGUUGUUUUUCUCCAACCUUCAGAUGCACGCGCUGCUUUUAGAGGUUUAGCGUACAAGCGUUACAAGGAUGCUCCGCUGUAUCUUGAGUGGGCUCCAGCUGAUAUUCUUAAUCCAAGUUUUAUCUCUAAGGAUGAUCAAACGAGUAAUACAGUUGCUGGUCAAGAUGCUGUCAAAAGGGUGAUGCUGGAGCAAAGUGUUGAAGGAAUAUCAGAAGCUGAUAUAGACCCUGACAGAAUUGAGUCUCGGUCUUUAUAUGUCAAGAACCUGAAUUUCAAGACAUCCGAUGAUAGUUUGAAGCAGCACUUUAUCAAACUCAUGAAAGAAGGGAAAGUGUUAAGUGCAAGGAUAAAGAAGCACUUAAAAAAUGGGAAGAAUGUCUCUAUGGGUUUUGGGUUUUUGGAGUUUGACUCGGUGGAGACAGCAACAAAUAUUUGCAGAGAUUUGCAGGGAACAGUUUUGGAUGGUCAUGCACUCAUCCUGCAACUUUGUCACACAAAUAGGGAUGAGCAAGUGACAAAAAAGGUGGAGAAGGAUAAAAGUUCUACAAAAUUACUCGUGAGGAAUGUGGCAUUUGAAGCAACAGAAAAGGAUCUUAGACAAUUAUUUAGCCCCUUCGGCCAGAUCAAGAGCUUGAGGUUGCCAAAGAAGUUUGGAAACCACAGAGGGUUUGCCUUUGUGGAGUAUGUUACGAAGCAGGAGGCCCAAAAUGCACUUGAAGCGCUCUCCAACACUCAUUUGUACGGUAGACAUCUGAUUCUGGAGAGAGCAAAGGAAGGAGAGACACUUGAAGAGCUAAGGGAACGAACGGCUGCCCAGUUUGCUGAUGAGCAGAAUGGAUUCGGCACCAAUUCAAAGAAAAGGAAAAACAUGGCCGUCUUGGAUGAAGGAACCAUGAAAUUUCAACGGGUCACAGACUAAGUUCUCUGCCAGCUUAGCAUUUUCAGCAUUUUUUUUAUCAGUAGGUGCUGGUUCUUGUGUGAAGAGACCAUGAAGUUUCUGGUUUAUGUAGGAAAGCAUAAACUUUGUCGAAUGUAAUAUAUUGCUGCCUCUGUUUAUUACCACACAAACAUACGAAAGGACAAAAUUUUACAGAUUUCACAAUGCGACUCUUAUUUAAGUUUGUGUGUGUACUAUUCAUAGAAGAUGGAGUGGCCGAAAGCAAAGUCGACCAUCGGCCUGAGUUCAUCCCAGCUCCCAUCUUCAAAACACUCUUCCUGCAGUUGCCCGCUGCUUUGCUCGCAGAAGCUGCUCUGGCAUUGAUGAUGAUCAUCGUCAUCUUUAUUGGUGAAGUUCAUCAAUUGGCUGUCUGAACUGCAACAGCCAUGGUUCCAAACCGACGACGAUUUAGAAUCAAUCACAUCGACCAGCUUGUCCCCCAACACUCCGUAUGGAAAACAGCAGCUAUCACCAGCUGAUUCAGAAGCACUUGUUCUGCAACUGUGGGAGUCUGCUUUCUUGCUGUAAGACGCCUCUCGCUUGAAGAUUCGACAGAGCGUCCAAACCUCUGCUUCGUAGGUGUUGCUAGGUGGGAGACGAAACUCGUGCAUCAUCCAGUCGGUCUUGGUGCCUUUCCCGGCGCUUCCCCUGUAGUAAACCAGAGACUUCUUCAGGCCGAUGCAGCAGUCACCACCACCACCGCCGGUGGAAUAAAUGGGCUUGUCGAUUCCGGUGGCUUUCCAGAACCCGCAACCGGCAGUCACCCUGUUGGGCCUCACGCUGUUCUUGUACUUCCUCCCUCUCUUGCAGAAGAAAUACCAUUCCCUUUCUCCUCCUCCCCCUUGUGCAUCUGUUGGGAGAUCCCAUGGCUGAUACUUGUAGACGUCCAGGUGUUUGAUGAUGUCGAUUCGCAGAGCCUUCUUCUCCACUUUCCUCUUGAGAUAAAACCCAACUAGCUCUUCGUCCGUCGGAUGGAACCGGAACCCGGGGAGUGAAAGAGGACCGUCGUCCUGUUCCUCCUCGCCGCCGUUCAUGAUGUUCUUUUUGCAAUGAACGAGGAAGUUUGUCUUCAUCAUCGUCCUCCUCGUGUCGUCCUCCAUUAUUUUAUGUUUGCUUGCUGCAGCUGCUAGUCUUUUUCUCCGAUGCUUACACACUCAAUUAUCAGAAGUCUUACUAACU